AUGCCGCCCGCGGAGGUCGAGGCGCGGCAGCGCACGCUGCAUGCACUCGAGCAGGCCGUUGGCGUGCGCCGGGCCAUUCUGGCAUCUGCGGAGAGCUCAUUUGAUACCAUACAGCAGCUCCAGGCGUCGGACGACGGUGCACGAGUUGGGGCUGGGGGGGCGAGCCAGGGCCAUGGGACACGCACCCUCCUCCGCGAGCGCGACGACCUUGCGCUCGAGAUUCUGCGUGUGCAGGCCGAGCUGGCGACAGUACAGGAGGAGGGGCAGAGGCUCGCACGAGAAAUUCGGGACGUGCGCCAGCAUACCAUCGCGUCCUUGCACGAGGCUCGCGACCAGACGCCAACACAGGCCAAGGACACGACGCAGCGACAGAGCGACCUGCUCCACGGCGUGGUGCUCGGCCUUGCGCUGCAUGGCGAGCACCCGUGGUACGAAGACCCGCAGCUCACCGAGCUUGUGCUUUCUAUGGAUGACCGCGCAGCUAGCAAUGUAUAA